AUGCAGUCAUCCGACACGGAGUAUGUCGAUGGGGACGUGGUUGUACCGAGCACAGAUGCUGUUCUUGACAACUCCAAGACUAUGAACUACAGUGGCGGACAGGCGGUUUCAAGCGACGCGGUCUCGAUUUCCAGCCGACGAGAAGACAAGGACAAGCAGGCCUGGGUCGUUUUCAAGAACGAGAUCAUCCGUCUCGCACAUACGCUGAGACUGAAAGGAUGGAGGCGGGUGUCUCUGGACAGUGGUGAACAGAUAUCGGUCGAACGUCUCAGCGGAGCUUUAACCAACGCUGUGUAUGUCGUCUCCCCUCCUGCCGAUGUAGUCAAGCAAAGCACCGCAGAUGGCAAAAAGGCUCCUCCAAAGCUACUGCUCCGAGUAUAUGGUCCUCAAGUGGAGCACCUCAUUGACCGAGAGACUGAGCUUGGUGUCUUACGACGGUUAGCAAGGAAGAAGAUUGGACCCAGACUGCUGGGAACAUUCACGAACGGUCGGUUUGAGCAGUUCUUCAACUCUACGACUUUGACCGCCUCAGACAUCAGGGAGCCAGAGACUUCAAAGCAAAUUGCGAAGCGUAUGCGGGAGUUGCACGAUGGAAUCGAGCUUCUGGAGAACGAGAAAGACGAAGGACCUGCGGUCUGGAAAAACUGGGACAAGUGGCUUAAGAGCGCAGAAGAGAGAAUCACAGCCCUUGACGAACGUAUGAUUUCUGGGAAACUUGGCCCGGUCCGUGGACCUGAUGACGCAUGGAAAACUAGAGGGUUGAUUUGUGGCGUCGAAUGGCAUGUGUUCAAGGGUAUGGUGGAAAAAUAUCGCAAGUUCGUAGAGGAGCAGUACGGCGGCCGGAAAGCAAUACGCGAACGGCUAGUAUUUGCUCAUAAUGAUGCGCAAUACGGCAACAUUCUGCGGCUCCGACCCGACGACGAGAAGUCGCCACUGAUGCAGCCUGCCAACGAGCACAAGCAGCUUGUCGUUAUCGACUUCGAGUACGCAUCCGCUAAUUGCCCGGGCCUAGAGUUUGCGAAUCACUUCACGGAGUGGACGUACAACUAUCAUAAUCCCGUUGCACCAUGGGCAUGCGAUACGACUCGAUAUCCGACUCUUGAGCAACGGCAUCGCUUCAUCAAGGCCUACGUCGACCACCGUCCGCAAUUCCCUCACUCUAAUUCGACUCCCAACCUGACUCCACUUGCGACGCCAACGCUGCACACCGCUGCAUCGUCAAGCUCCAUCGUCGAGUUCAUGCUCGACGCACGCGUACCGCCCGGCGGCUGGAAGGAAGAAGAGAAGCGACAGCAGGACCAGGCCGAGGCACGCGUGAAAGAAUUGCUGGACGAGACCCUGCUGUGGCAAAUCGCCAACAGUGCGCAGUGGGUGGCGUGGGGUAUUGUCCAGGCCAAGAUCCCAGGAUUCGACGGCGCAGACGAGUCUGGAUUCGCCGAGGAGGUGACUGCUGAGGAGCCUGGUGCUGCUGUCAACACGACCGAAGAGGAAGAACCCGAAUUCGACUACCUUGGCUACGCCCAGGAGCGGGCGUUCUUUUUCUGGGGAGACUGUGUUGCAAUGGGCUUGAUCAAGAAGGAGGAGUUGCCUGAAGAGCUACAGAGUCGACUCAAGAUCGUUAACUACUAG